AUGAAGAACAUACUACCGAUUCUGACGUUCGGGUGCGAGAAGGCUCUGUUCAACCAGCCAGCGUCUGUGAAUUGGAAAGUGGUCGUGUCGUUACUGAUGACUCUGGCUGGCACCGUGCUGUACGGUUAUUCUGACAUCUCUGCCACAAAUUUAGGCAAGGUGUUGAUCCUCCUGAACAGCCUCUUCACCAUCACGGACCGGCUCGUGCAGAGCUAUUUGCUUAAGGGGCACGCGGAUUUCAGCAUGAGCAUAGCUCUAUGUAUGCUGGUAAACAACUCUUUAGGCAUUUUCCCCCUAUUCGCCAUUGCGCUGGUCAACGGUGAGCUUUCUCAAUGGAGCCACUCCCUCUUAUCUGCUGACAAGACCACUUGGUUCCUGGUGUUGAUGUCUGGGAUGUGCGGGGCGUCACUGGGUUAUGUGGGUCUUCGUACACAGCAGCUGUUUUCGGGCACCUCGGUACUCAUGCUGCAGAACUUUAACAAGAUACUUAUCAUCUCAAUUGGCGUAGGUUUGUUUCAUGAGCACCUCACGCCUAUGUCGCUCCUGGGCUGCGCCGUGUCCCUCCUGGGCUGCUUCACCUACGGCUACGUGCGCCUGCCCUCCGAGGCUUCGUCCAAGGGCUAG